UACAGGAACAAGGACGAGUUUAAUUAUAGAUUAUAAUAUGUAGCGUGAAACAAAAGGAACAACUCCCUUUGUGGUAUGACAGCAAUGUUGGAUGGCAGUUGUGGUUAUAGGUGUGUUACAAAGGGGAGGGCUCAGGUACAACUUUCAUUUUACACAAAAACAAACCCAGCACACACCUGGGAGUUAUCAUCACCGUCCUGGUCGGAUUCAUCCGGCUCAACACGCAGUAAAAACACAAGAAAACCUUUAUUCAGAGCUGAAGGUUUUCAGACAGGAAGCCAUGUUUGUGAGCGGUCUGUUUGGGUUCUGUCUGCUCGCGGUGUCGGUGGGUUUCCUGGGCCGGCCUGGCCUGGCCCACAAUGGUAAGAUGCAUUCAAAGUUUCUACAGGAUACCGUUGUCCCCGAGCCAGCGCAGUGCCUCGUCUCCAGGAUCUACAAUCUGAUCCGGCCGGCGGAGAGUAAAGACGACCGGAGCUGCUGGCAGGAUUGUUUUGCAGAGACGGACUGCCACAUGGCUGUGGUGACCAAACGGAUCAGUGGCGAACAACAGUGUCUCCUGGUUAACUGUCUGAACCACGGCAAACACUCGUUACCCAGAGAUCCCAGCGCAGAGAUCACCGUUUACUCAAAGAGCACCAUUGACGAUGAACAAAGAGCCAAUCUCAUGAAACGUGCACAUGGAGCAGUUGACGAGAGACUUCGAUGUUAUGAGCGCAGCUGCCAGUCGGAGAGUCCCAGAUUCUUCUACAACAGCACCAGUUCCAGGUGUGAACGGCUCUUCGGUGACUGUGGGUCCAACACGAACACAUUUAAGACCCUGGAAAGCUGUGCAACUCUCUGCUAUAACAACGUCCGUUGCAAUCGGCCCGUGGAUUACGGUGAAACCCCCCGUAUUCGCUUCAGCAACAACACUGACAAUAGAGGCAAACCUAAAGACACCACUGUCAACUUCUACUUCUACAACGUGUCGAGUGGGAGCUGUGAAGGAUUUCACUUCAGAGGAAGUGUGUCCAACGGGAACCUCUUUUUUUCCGUGAAGGAGUGUGAAAGUCUCUGUGGUGAUGUCAAAGCUGCUGCAACCAGCCCACCUGCUGUGGUUUCAGCUGCUGCAACCAGCCCACCUGCUGAGGAUCCAGGUACCACAGCAGCCGUUCCUACAAAGAGGAUAGCUGCUGCAACCAGCCCACCUGCUGUGGUUUCAGCUGCUGCAACCAGCCCACCUGCUGAGGAUCCAGGUAACAUCACACAUCUGUGUUAUCCUGCAUCAUCUGUACUUUUAUAA